ACGCGAUAUCGAUUCACCUCAUUGAAGACCAACUUAACUCGCCGGAACAUCCCUUCCUACCAUUUGUACACAUCUGGUGCUCGUGUUCCGGUACACGAAUGAGCCGGAGCGCCAGGCUGAACAACCUCCUUACGACAACAUGGCCUCACCUCCAGUACAUACAGACAAUGGUGCGGCGAGGACGAACCUGAAGCUUCUUAUGCGAGGUUCGAUUGUGCACCGAAUAUCUUGUCUUUGCACCUUCACAACUCGUUGCUAUGCCGUUCCUUAAUGGUACCAGGGGCCACUCGCAACUCCCUGCCGCUGCCUCAAAAGCGAGCAGCAGCAAUGGAUCGCAUGUCCACGGCAGCGGCGACAGCAGGUCAAGUUCCGGAAGCGCAAACUCAAUGGCCAACAGCGAUCCAAUUGCCGUCAUAGGCAUUUCGUUGAAGUUCCCUCAGUCAACAACAGAUGUAUCUUCUUUCUGGGACUUACUCAUCCGCGGUGGCUCUACACGUACCGAAGUGCCUCCAGAUCGAUACAACGGCGAAGCCUUCUACCGGCCCAAGGACAACGGCAACAAAACUGGGACGUCAAAAACGAAGCAUGGGCAUUUCAUUGCCGAGUCCCUUGACGCAUUUGAUGCACCAUUCUUCUCUAUCACGCCGCAUGAGGCUGAAUGUAUGGAUCCGCAGCAAAGAUGGCUACUAGAGUCGACCUAUCAUGCGAUAGAGAAUGCGGGUUUGUCGCUUGGAGCAAUAAAUAAGACCGACACCUGCGUCUAUGUGGGUUGCUUCAUGAAUGACCACGAGGCCAUGGUGUAUAAAGAUCUGGACAUCCCAAACUCAUACCAUGCUACUGCCAGUGCUAGCGCCAUUCUCGCCAAUCGCAUUAGCUGGUUCUACAAUCUGAGGGGCCCUAGCGUCUCAGUAAACACUGCCUGCUCAGGGAGUCUUGUAGCCCUUCAUCUAGCAUGUCAGAGCUUACGUUCCGGGGAAUCGGCUAUGGGCUUGGUUUGCGGGACCAACCUUCUCUUCUCCCCUGAGAGCACAGUAGGGCUGUCGAAUCUCAAUUUUCUUUCGCCGGACGGCCAAUGCUACUCCUUUGACGAACGCGCCAAUGGAUAUUCUCGCGGAGAGGGUAUCGCUACACUUGUAAUUAAGCCACUAUCCGCAGCUAUUCGAGAUCAUGACCCCAUCCGAGCUAUCAUCCGAGCCACUGGAGUAAACUCGGAUGGGCGAACUCCGGGCAUCAGCCAACCAAGCAGCGAAGCGCAAAUAUCUCUGAUGCGCGACACUUAUAGUCGCUUCGGACUCGAUCCAUCACUGACACGUUACUUUGAGGCACACGGGACAGGAACACAAGUUGGAGACCCAAUCGAGGCUGAAUCUAUCGCCGCCGUUUUCACUGAAAAUCAGAGAUCGGAUCACCUUAUGUACGUGGGAGCAGUAAAAUCCAAUAUAGGGCAUUUGGAAGGCGCCAGUGGUCUCGCAGGAGUAAUCAAAGCCAUUCUCGUUCUCGAACACGGAGCGAUCCCGCCCAACCACUUUCCAGCCAAAAUAAACCCAGCCAUUAAAGACGACUGGCGUCUGGUCUUCCCAACCCGACAAUUGCCGUGGCCCCAGGAAGGCCUCCGGCGCGCAUCCGUAAAUUCCUUCGGGUUCGGGGGAACAAACGCUCAUGUCGUUCUGGACGAUGCACGCAGCGCGGUUGAGCGAGGAGAGCUUCUUUCGACAAAGCAGACGUUCUCCAAGGGAAACGUCACAGUAUCGGCGCCUAAGCUCCUCGUUUGGUCCGCCUUUGAUGAAGCCGGGGUUCGAAGACAGCUUGAGGCGUACAAUGCGUAUUUUUCUAACCGAGCGAAUAGAGACAACAGCGACGAAGGUGCUUAUUUUGAUUCCUUGGUACACACGUUAUCCAACCGGCGAACUCACCAUCCCUGGCGGAGUUUCGCAAUCUGUGACGGAGCGCGGGCACUGUCCAAGCUUGAGUUCUCAUCACCCGUCAGGGUCAACCCCAAACUUCGGUUGUGCUUUGUUUUCACUGGGCAAGGAGCUCAGUGGCAAGCCAUGGGAGAGGAAUUACUCGCAUAUGAAGCGUUUCGGCAAAGUCUCGAAGACUCGGAUGCCAUUCUUCGCCAGAUUGGAUGUCAAUUUUCUGUCUUCGACAAACUGUACACGAAUCCUAGCUUGCGAAAAGAGGGCAAAGAGGGCAAAGGACCGGAUGUUGACCUUCCUGAGUUCUGCCAGCCUAUUUGCACCGCCUUGCAAAUUGCACUGGUAGAAUUGUUGUUGCACUGGCAGGUCAACCCCUAUGCCGUGAUCGGACACUCUUCAGGCGAGGUCGCCGCGGCUUUUGCUGCUGGUCUCAUAAGCAAGAGGUAUGCGCUGGAGUUGGCCCUCUUCCGCGGCGUUGCUGUGGCAGCGACUAUGCAGGCGAAUAAACGCCAGGGUGGGAUGAUGGCUGUACGUCUUACUCCGGACACAUGUGAGACCGUCUUGUCUAGGCAUCUCGGCGACAGAAGAGACGCAAUCCGGAUUGCAUGCUACAACAGCCCACAAAAUCUUACUCUUUCUGGCGAUAUUGAUGUCAUUGAGAAGGUUCAGCCCUUACUGGAAGCUGAGGGAAUCAUGGCACGCAGGUUGGCCGUCGGGGUCGCCUAUCACAAUUCAGUGCACAUGUCCGAUGCAGCGAAACUGUACCAAACGUUCAUACGAAAUUCACAUCCUGGGGACUUGGGCGAGGCCGUUCCGGUGUCUCCACGGUGCCUGUUCGUAUCCAGCCUUCGUGGAACCCUGUUUGAACCUGGCUCAGAUGCGUCUGAAGUUUCCUCCCACGCAUAUUGGAUCGAUAACCUUGUGUGUCCGGUGAGGUUUGCAGAUGGAGUCCAAACGCUCGCAGCUUCUUUGGACGUGCCACAUGCGAUGUUGGACGCUCACUUUUUAGAAGUUGGUCCCCAUUCCACGCUAAAGUCGGCGAUCAAGGAGUCUCUACCCAAAGGCUGGAGUGUGGAAAAGUGUUACACCUCCAUAUUGUAUAGGCAACAACCAGCUCUAUCCACAGCAUUGCCAGCAGCCGGACGACUGUUUUCACUAGGAUAUCCUAUCGAUCUGGAAAGAGUUAAUUCUCCCUCCUCCAAGCUGGGGUUGCCGAAACAAGUUUUGACUGAUCUCCCAUCCUACCAAUUCGACCGGUCACGGCCGUACUGGCUAGAAAGCCGGAUCAGUAAGAACUACAGAUUCCGCCGAUUUCCGCACAACGAUCUCCUUGGAACUCCAGUCUCCGACUGGAAUCCUCUCGAAGCUCAAUGGAAUCAUCGCAUCACCUUACAGGAUGCAGCAUUUGUUAAAGACCACCAGGUGUCUGGAACCCCGGUUUACCCAGCGGCUGGUAUGCUCAUUAUGGCUCUUGAGGCUGCGCAACAACUAGACCAGAACCAGAGAAGACCUAAAGGAUAUCGGUUCAAGGAAGUGAGAUUCACCAAGAGCAUUGUUGUGCCCAACGAUAAACAUGGAGUUGAAACGCAGUUUCGCCUACGCAAACAAGGGGAUGAAGGAGGUCAUAACGAGAGUGUGACCUGGUACGACUUUCGACUCCACGUAUAUGAUCAUGGAGCAUGGGUGCUGUGUUGCCAUGGGGCGGUCGCGGUCGAAUACCGGAGCACAGUCUCGGCUAAACCCUCUAAGCUCACCCAAGAGGAUGAGAUGGAUGCUGGCCCACGUCCCAUUCACGUCCCACAAAAGGCGUUCUACGCACAUCUCCAAGAUGCAGGUCUUCAAUACGGACCUUACUUUCAGGCCACCGAUGACCUGCACUAUGAACAAGGCACUCGGGGAUCAGGAGUCGUGGAUAUGGACAAAUGGACCAGUCUAAGUCAAGGAAUCCCUUCUCCUUGCUUAGUACAUCCUGCGUCAUUGGACUGCAUCUUCCAAAUGGGAUUUCUGGGAAUUGCGCAAGGGGCUAGCAAACAGAUUGACACGCUUGUUCCCACAGAAGUAAAGGAGCUCUGGAUAUCCGCCGAGAGGCAUGAAGCUAGAGAUUCAGAUACGACCGUUAGGGUGUUUGCGGAGUCUAUUCCCGAUGGUAGACGAGGACACAGAGUUGAUCUCACGGCACUUUACACAGACGACAACCGUCCAUUCUUGGUCGGUGAUAUUACCUUGACGUCUAUCGGGAGCGCUGCACCGUUGGCGAAGAGAACGGAGAAUGCCGUCUCACUGUAUCAAGUGCAGUGGAAACCCGAUAUUAAUCUGCUCCCUCGAAACUUCUUCGCACAUGCAAACAACCAACAACCGACAGCAAACGAAAAUGUUCGUCUCACGGAAUAUGUCUGCUAUAUUGGAAUCUCUGAGGUCCUUCAACAGAUCGGACACGAUGAGUCGAUCAUAGCGCAACUACCCCAGCAUUUGCAAAAGCAUCUACUGUGGAUGCGGCAUGAGGUUGAAAAGGUAAAUGCUUCUGCCUCAUGGCAAUCCUUCCUUCAGGAACAGGAAAGGAGUUGUGUUUCUAGAGAAUCCUUGUUCGAAAAGGUUCAGUCAUUUGGACCCGAGGGGAGGCUGAUAGUCAAGCUCGCCAAAGUUCUCGUGCCGAUAAUGAGAGGCAAAGAAGAUCCUCUGCAGGUCUUAUUCGAAGACAAGACACUCUCAGAUUACUACCGCCUCGAAAACCCACCUCCAGAGGUUUUGGCGGGUAUUCAGAAGUAUGUGGAGUGCCUGGUACAUCUGAAUCCGCACAUGAGAAUCCUCGAAAUCGGGGCUGGCACCGGAGGGAUGACUAGAGGGGUUCUGAAAAUCAUUGGAGGUCAGCCUGAGCGCGAAGAACUCCCUCAGUUCACGGAGUACAUGUUUACGGACGUUUCGCCCGCGUUCUUCGGCGCAGCGAAGAAGAACUUCGGGUUCGGCCGGGAUGGGUUCAGGUGCAAAGUUCUAGACAUUGAGAAGGAUCCCGAACAACAAGGAUUUGAGGUGGACUCCUACGAUCUGAUUAUUGCUAGUAACGUUCUUCACGCUACCCGCGACCUUUCCGUGACACUCAAAAAUGCGAGGAAGAUUCUGAAGUCCGGCGGUAAAAUGAUACUCGUAGAGGGCAUCAGUAGUAACUUGAUGCGUACUUCAUUUAUCUUCGGUCUCUUACAUGGAUGGUGGCUUUCGAGCGAAACAUUCCGAGAAUGGGGCCCGUUGGUCCCACUUUCGAGGUGGGAGUCGCUACUGCAACAAAGCCAUUUCACCGGUGCCGAUACUGUCAUCGACGGAAUCGAUGAGGCAUCGUGUUUGAGUAGUGCGAUAGUCACCACUGCCUCACCGUUGCAGUUAUGUAGCGAAGCUGUGCGUCAAGGCACCGGCCUGGUUGUUAUCCGUUCAGAGGAAUCCGCCUUGCAGAUGGCUAUCGCAACAAAGGUUGACGAAAUCGCACGGCCGUUCGGUAUUCGGGUCGAAAGUAUUGAUGCACAUUCAUGGAGGGAUCCGGGCAGUGGUUUCUGCAUAUUUCUACAGACGAUGGACCGAUUCUCGUUCCCCGCAAUGUCACAGAGAGAAGCUGCCGUGUUGAGGAACGUCUUCAAACCGGGACGAAGGUUGCUUUGGGUGACAUCAAUAUCCGACUCUGGCCUACAAGACAAUGAGCAAGACGCUGCCAUCGGCCUGGCCCGAUCAAUCCGAUCUGAGCUCGAGAGCAUAGAGCUUGUUACGCUGGGCUUACAGCGAGUGAAGGAGGCGGAUUGUGCCGCACGCAACAUAUGGUCGGUGCUUAAGCAGUAUUUCGGAGUCACUUCAGAUGCUCCUGCAACCAUACAGAAUGAGGAGAUCGUCGAAGUGGACGGUGUCCUCUGUAUCAGCCGAUUGUUGCAGGCAAGGAAACUUCAAACCGAGGUCCAGUCAGUGAAUCAUCGGAUGCAAAACGAACUCCAGCCUGAAAUUCUGCCUCCGUCUAGCGGCCUAGACGUUGAAAUCGACAUUAGAGCUAUUGGUCUCCACCCAAGCAGGGUCAUACCCACACUAUCCUCUUCCCUGCCCGCGACCCGCAGGAAUAUCUAUGCUGGCUACAUUAACAAGGUCGGAGAUGACGCAAAGACUCUCUUCAAAAUUGGGGACAAGGUGAUAGCCAUCUCAAGUCACAGCACGUUGAACUCUAAGGGUCAUUUUCCAACGUACCAAACUCACCAUCUUCCCGAGGGAAUCGACUUUGAAGUUGCAGCUGCAGGCCUUGACUACUUAGCUGUAGCCUACGAUGCACUUUGCAACUGGGCACACAUCCAAAAAGACACCUCGGUGCUUGUACUUGUCGAACCAGGACAGGCCAAGGAAGCCAUGAUUCAUCUAGCCUCCGUUAUGGGUGCAAAGGUUUUCAUCACUGCCGACCCACUAAGCUCGGACCGCUUCCCCUUUGCUCAUCAGCUGAAGGAUAAUGAAGAAGUCUCGUACCAGAUUAAGAAGUUGACCGGUGGCCGAGGCACUGAUGUUGUCAUUGGCAGUGACCAAUCACUUGAUACGUGCUGGGAAUGUGUCGCGCCAUAUGGUCAAAUCGUUCAGUUGAUCAGUAGUGGAUCCGAAAUACGUCGAACCAAAGGCAGAAAGAACGUUGCAUUCGUGACCCUGGAUCCCACGGAGCUGUUCGGCAACCAUGAUCGAGCCGCAGCGACGCUUUCCAAGGUGUCACAACUGAUAUCAGAGAAAACGAUACCAGCACAGUCAUCAGUACUAGUUGUCUCUCCAGCGAAACUGAAGGGUGGUUCCGCGACGGAGAUCCUUGAGCCAUCAGUCAGCAGAGUGGUGUUGUCAAUUACCCCAGGCGAUAACAUGGACGACCUGGUACCGUCCAGCACUAUACAGUUCUCCCCCAAUGCGACUUACGCUAUAACAGGAGGUCUAGGUGGGUUGGGUAAGAGCAUUGCUAAGUUUAUGGUAUCGCGUGGUGCAAGAAACCUUCUUCUACUUUCGCGGCAAGGGGGAGACGGUGAAACAGCCAAGCCAUUUGUGGACGCACUGAGAGCAUCUGGAGUCACUGUCUUCGCUCCGAAAUGUGACAUCGGAGACGAAAAGACCGUCAGCGAAGUCUUCCGAGAAGCUGAGAAGAACAUGCCGCCAAUCAAAGGUUGUAUCCAGGGAUCCAUGGUACUCAGAUCUGCCAUGUUCCAAAAUAUGACCCUCGAACAAUGGGUCGACACACUUAGACCAAAAGUCCAGGGCACCCUCAACGUCUACAAAUAUCUCCCAGAAGUGGACUUUCUGAUUUGUCUGUCUUCGGUCUGCGGCAUCAUCGGCGCGAGCGGACAGUCCAAUUACGCCUUCGGCUGCGCAUAUCAGGAUGCCUUGGCGCGGAGCAGAGCGGGUUCGAGGAAGAAUGUUAUCUCAAUCGACCUUGGAAUCGUGGAGGAUGUGGGAUACACAGCCGAGCACAAGGACGCGGACAGAUUCAUGCGCUCUCUAGGCAUGCAACCCAUCCCGGAGAGCUAUAUCCAUGCUCUACUAGCAUACUACGGCCAUCCAUCCAACAAGGUUCUGGACAGGAGCGAGGCCCAGAUCGUCGCCGGUAUCAUGAACCAGCAAGAAAUGCAGCGCAAAGGCAUUUCACGGCCCAAGUUUCUCGCUAGACCGUUAUUCAGACACCUGCAACAUGUUCCUCCUGCAGCGCCUAAAAACAAAACCCCGCAAACACAAAAAGUGGCAUCAACGGAACCCACCGCGAAGUCGGAGCCUUUAAAUGGCUCGGUGCGCAAUGAACGGACCGUUAUCAACGCAAUUUGUCAGAGACUGUCAGACGUGCUGGAGCUGACCGUAGAGGAUAUUGAUCCGGGAAAGCCUUUGCAUGCUUUCGGUGUGGAUUCCCUGGUAGCUAUUGAGAUUCGCACUUGGUUUGCGGAGGCGUUGCAGGCGGACGUUCCAGUGUUUGACAUUUUGAGUAACAUCAGUAUUGAGGCUCUGGCUAGCAAGAUCGUUGGGGAGACGAAGUGAGUUUUCAAAGUAUCUACCUGAAGGAAUGCGAUGUUGCAGGGUACUCCCAGUUCUCAAAGUGUAUGUACGGAACGGGAUGCCUUGAUCGAUUCUAUGAUGGCAUGAUUUUCUCACACUCAUUAGCCGUUCUGGGCUGUCCUUUGAGGAGAAAGAGAUUCGCUCUUCAGAUUCUCCCAACUGAGACUAUCUCUAUCUCGAAAGAAGGCAGCGGCGAUAUCCUCACACAUGCAUAAUAUAAGCCUUUUGGAAGUUGGAUAUUCCUGUGCAAGCCAGUAGGGCUUCGUGUUAUCCAAUAGACGGGGCAUGGAUGAAUUCAGGCUGAAGCUACACCUUUAACCUCACGCAUCUAUUUC